CAUUUUUAUCUCCCCUUGCUAGUUAGUGUUAAGUCUGCAAACCUUAAUGUAAAUUUUUCUUCUUGUGAUGAAGCCCUUACUCUGAUCAAUAUGUUAAUUGUAUACAUCUGUCAUUGAUUUGUGUUCCAGAAACUUGUGUGUGUCACACAAUGGUUUUCGCUCUUGAAGCGUCGUUCAACAUCUUACAUCGUCCCCUACAUCCCGCCGCCCUAGCGGUUCAGGAACUCAUUGAUGAUGCCACCCAGAGCAAGGAGACCAUGGGGUUUUGGGGACUUUAAGACGCUGAAGGGGAAGAUAGAUAAGAUGGCUGGCCUGAGUCGAAGUGGGGAUUACAACCACAACCGGGAAUGAUAGCUAUCAACAUAAGAGACGUCUGGAAAAAAAAAAGACGACUGACACGCUAAGGUAAGUGGUAGCAAUCCCUAAUAAUAGGUGACAACCUGCUCGAUCGUGUGGGUUGCUAACGUUGCAUGCCUCCAGCAAUGCGGGCACAGACCCGGCACUGGGCUUGUGCUGUCAGGCCCCCCAGGCCCCAACAUAGAGCCCGAGAGAAAAUAGGGACCCCAACUUGUUGUUAUUACACUAAUAAGUAUUUUGGGCAUUUUGACUUAUACGGGCCUCGCCAGCAAAAAUGGAAGAAAAUAAAACAAAAUUGAUUACUUAAUUCAUUAAUGCACUUGAAUGCCAAGAGGAAGAUUCACAAUAGGUAAAAAGUUGCUUUUUGUGUGUGCAAUAUUAUAAAACAAUGUUAUUAAUUUUACAUCAUUUCUGGUAACUUCUCGACAUUAGUAAAUGCAUUAAGUUUUUUUUCAUCCACAACUAUUAUUAUUAUUUUGAAAACAACAGUAAAAUAAGAGAUACCACUUACCACAUUAUUUAUUUGGAAUAAAAAUAAAAAAUAUUAUCAAUUAUUUCAAACACAUUCUUAAUAUCAAUUAUCUUCUUCUAAUAUUUUUCUUGUUUUGUAUGUAUUUGUAUCUUUAAAAGUUCUUUUACUCUUCGACUUAAUCGAUUCACCAAAAUCUAUUUAGAUGGAUUUUGGGAAUUAACGACUUGUCAAUUGAGUUAUUGUUUGGUUUCAUUUGUUUUAAUUUUUAUUUUGUUUGACUAAUGAUCCCUCUCUUAAUUUAUCAAAUUUGUAUUCUAUUUUUCUGUUCCAGUCAUCAUUUGUUCAUCGUUCAUUAUUAUUAUGCAUUAUUUUUUAUUUUAUUGAGUUUAUAAAAAAAAUUGGGCCUCAUUUUGUUUCUAGAACAGGGUCUCCAAUAUUCCAGGGUCGGCCCUGUGCGGGCAGAUCAUUCAAUGACAUGGACGCUAAAAUGUACACUUUUCGUCGGAAGUUUACGAAGUUUGUUAAAUUAUAUGAUCAACUAAACAUUACAUACCAACUUUAUUAUAGGAAAACCUGUUCAUUCAAUUACUCCACAUUUUGGGCUUUCUCAGCCUCUAACUGGCUCCCGAUGGGGUUGGGAGGAAAUUCAGUCCAGACAACCGUAUGGUUCUACUGGGGAGCCAAGUGAGCCAAAUAGUGGGCCACAGAAUUGAAAUUUCUAGGAAUAAAGGCCCAUUUGACUUUACAACCAGACAAAGCAGAGUUGACUUGACUGCGGUCAGAAUUCUUAUCUCUUUGCACCAGAUUCCCAACUUAGUACAGUCUUCUUCCUCACCAUUCAGAAGCUUUAUCAAGUUCAGGCAGUCCGAUUCAACGAUCAAGGGGCUACAUCCUCUCCGAUUAGCUUCCCUCAACCCAAGGGUGAUGGCCCUAGCCUCCGCCUCCACCGGUCUGCACUUUCCCCUCUCCUUUCCGGCUAAAGCACCCAUAAAAUUUCCUUCCCAAUUUAUGAAAACACAUCUCAGACCAAUCCAAGAAGGGUUCAAAAUCCCUGCAUCACUAUUCAUCUUGUAGAUCCCUGUCAGCGAGCAUUUACAACCCUGAUCAAGGGUGCUUCGUCCGCCCAUCGCCUCUCAAAUGUUUUAUGCUUGAAGGUAAUCUUUGAUCCAUGCAAUUGCCUUCGAAAUAGCUUCCUCCUCUUCAAGUUUUUUAUUAUUAAACACAUGGUUGCAUCUCCUUUUCCAGAUAAACCAAAGAAUGGCGCAGAAUUUUUGGAGAUCCUUAUUCGAUUGAGUAUCUAAGACUCGGAAGAACCAUUCACAACCAGACAAGCCCUCACCUUUUCGGAAGAGUUCACAGUCCUCCAUUUGCUGCCAGAGGCGUCGAGUCCCGUCGCAUUCCCUGACGCAGUGGAGUUGGGUUUCAGGAAACCCACAAAACGAACAAUCAAGGUAAGCAUCCUCGAUUCGAUUUGCAAUAUGGCCCCUAUAGGUAAUGUGUCUCUGCUAAUCUUCCAAAGAAAUACUUUGACUUUAGGCUGAAUAGGUGGACUCCAGAUCUUCUUCCAAUAGCCUUUAAUUUUCUGAAUAUCAGUAGUGUUAUCAGCAUUACUCGAAUCCAUGUGUAUUUAUUUGUUUCUUUUGUGGAGAUCUUUGGGUGUUUGGUUUGCUCUUUUUUUUGUCACAGAUAAGUUUGGUUUGCUCAUUAUUGUUAUACAAUUUAAAACUAGAUCGAUGUUGCAUCCUGAUAAAGAGAGAGGCGGAAGAGUCAAAUUUUGUCGGCGUUGAAGGAAAACCAUCCAAUCAGUGUGUAUUUUGCGUUAGUAUUUUUUUUUUUACAAAGGGAUUACUUGCAUUGCACUUUGAAUGAUCUAUUACAAGAGAACCAACAAAGCAAACCAAAAUCAGAACAAUGAUAGACAAACUCACGCACACGGAUGCUCAAUCUGUGCUUCAGAGAUACAACAAGAAGAGCACAAAACCCAGAAGGAGCCACCCAAGUACCCAACAAAGGAUCUGAGACACUUGAACCAAAAGCAGUAAACACCGAAAGCUCUCUUACAAUCAAAUCAAACGAAGUAGCACCAAGCACAAUCAGCUAAACCGACCCGACCGAGUCCAUGACGAUUGAACACAAUGCCAUUAGCCGCCUCCUGGGAGUCGCUCGAAGACGCUCAAUACAGUAAAUCACGGGUGAGAGAUUAAAUGGAGGUGGACAGGGAUGAGUAUCGAAAUGCUCCGAGCUGAAAAGGCAGGGGAAGACGAGGCUCCAAGUCUUGGGCAAGGGAAGCAGAAGAACCCAGAUCCCCAGAUCAAAGAACUAAACCGACGAGCAGCAGGGUUAGACACCGCAAUCCAUCCUCCAUCGGCCACCAAGAUGCAGAACAACCACCUGGGAAGAACGAAGGGGAAAACCAGUGAAUCGAUUCACCACACAAGCUGAUAAACCCACCAUCAUGAGAGAAGACCCAAAAUGCAUAACCCAACCCCCAAGGAGAGCUAAUCACAGGAAAAACCCUAGAACAGGGGAGCAAAAUGCCAAGAAUGGCUUGAAAAGUUUAAAAGCAGGAAAAGCAGAGUGAAAAAUAUCAAAACAGAGACAAGAAAGCUAAUAAAAGAAGUAGGAAGAAGGAAAAGACAAUGGGCUACCGCCGGUCACUAAGAGAUGCUGGCGGUAACCCUUGGAGAGCUUCACAGCGAGGGAAAAGUUAGAGAGAGAUGAGAGCAAAUUUUGAAUUAAAGUAAGAGAGAGACUCCCAUAGUCACUAGGUGAAGUUCUCCAAAUUUUGUCUUAGUAACGUUGGUUGUUUCUCUCUACGUUUUCUUCCCCUUUCUAGCAAAGUGGUGUGGGGGAAGCUUGAGGAAAAUUAAUAUGCUAUAAUCUUUGUUUUGGAUGGAUUAAUUGUCAAUGUGAUAUUUGUAGAGUCAAAUGACACAUUAAUUAUUCAUGUAAUAAUUUAGUGUUAUUCAA